AUUUGCCAGCUCCACGGUUUGACCAGAACCAUAUUCAAGUUCUUCCCUUCCUUUUUUGCCAUCUCGUUCUAAAUACUGUAUGGAUGGAUCGAAAGGCCGCUUGGCUUCUUUCUCUCUCUGCAGCGAUGGAUCUGACGGUGUAUUAGAUUGGUUUUUCUUAGUUGUUUAUAAGCGCUAGAAUCGCAAUUCAAUCAAUUUCGCGGAGGUCGAAGGGUAGGGUUUCACGUGUGUACAGCUGAUGGUCGACGCUUGUUUGUUGCUACGUGGAUAUAGGGUUUCGAAUUGUUGAAUUUCGAAUUGUUGAAUUUCGAAGGGGUUUUGUGAUUAAACAGGAAGGGAUUGAUGGUAUUCGCUGCGAUUGAAGGCGGGAUCGAGGCUGGAACUGGGGAAAAUGCUAGGCUAUGCGUGGACGGGAAGGUGAGGAGAGGAAACGGGGUCUGCACAUGUGGAUUGGACCUUUGCCCAGCACUCCGAGUGUAGCUGGUGAUGGUUCUUCUUCGUCUUUGUUUUCCUCUCCGCGUAAUUCGUUUUCCAAGGACGGACGCAAGAUAAGUGUUGGUGACUGUGCUCUCUUCAAACCACCUCAGGAUUCCCCACCUUUCAUUGGAAUAAUUCGCUCACUGACUUCGAGUAAAGAGAAAAAUUUAAGGCUAGGAGUGAAUUGGCUUUAUCGACCUGGUGAAGUAAAGCUUGGCAAAGGCAUCCUGUUGGAAGCUGCGCCCAACGAGAUAUUUUAUUCUUUUCACAGGGAUGAAAUCCCUGCUGCAUCCUUACUUCAUCCGUGUAAAGUUGCUUUCCUUCCGAAAGGUGUUGAACUUUCGUCAGGGAUUUGUUCACUUGUGUGCCGGCGUGUUUAUGACAUUACAAACAAGUGUUUAUGGUGGCUAACUGAUCAAGACUUUAUUGAUGAACGGCAGGAAGAAAUAAAUCAAUUAUUGUAUAAGACUCGUGUGGAAAUGCAUGCAACAGUGCAGCCUGGCGGCCGUUCUCCAAAGCAAAUUAAUGGCCCAACACCAACAUCACAGCUGAAACCUGGUUCUGAUACCAUACAAAACAGUGCUUCCUCCUUUCCUUCUCAAGUUAAGGGAAAGAAAAGGGAGCGGGGAGAUCAGAGCUCUGAUCCUGUCAAACGAGAUCGUUCAAUCAAAAAUGAUGAUGGAGACUCUGGCAAUGGCAGAGCAGAUGGCAUCUUAAAGUCUGAGAUUGCUAAAAUUACAGAAAAAGGAGGGCUUGUGGAUUCUGAGGGGGUAGAGAAGUUGGUGCAACUCAUGCUCCCCCAAAGAAAUGAGAAAAAAAUAGACUUGGUUGGGCGUUCGAUACUUGCUAGUGUUGUAGCAGCCACAGAUAAGUUGGAUUGCUUAAAUAAGUUUGUGCAGCACAAGGGCUUGCCUGUAUUUGAUGGAUGGCUCCAGGAGGUCCAUAAAGGCAAGAUUGGUGAUGGUAAUAGCCCCAAGGAUAGUGAUAAAUCUGUCGAGGAGUUUCUACUUGUUUUACUCCGUGCCCUAGAUAAGCUUCCUGUUAAUCUUGAUGCCCUACAGAUGUGUAACAUUGGCAAAUCUGUGAAUCAUCUACGUUCGCAUAAGAACAUGGAAAUUCAGAAGAAAGCAAGGAGUUUAGUUGAUACUUGGAAGAAACGUGUUGAAGCUGAGAUAGAUGCAAAGUCGGGUUCAAAUCCAGCUGUGCCCUGGUCGGCAAGACCUCGUAUUCGUGAAAUAUCUCAUGCGGCAAACAGACAGUCAAGUGGAACUUCUGAGGUUGCUGUAAAGAAUUCACUUACACAGCUUUCGGCUUCUAAACCAGCUUCAGUUAAGCUUGUUCAGGGUGAUGCUACUACCACGCCUGCUUCGGCUUCUCUGGAAUCAAUGAGAACAGCGCAAUCACCUGUAUAUGCAAGUACGGAUGCAAAAGAUGGACAGUCUCGAAAUGCAGCUGCUGCUGGUGCCUCUGAUAUUCCAUUAAUGGUGGCCAGGGAUGAUAAAAGUAGCAGUUCUGGUGGUCAGUCACAUACUAAUAGUCAGUCUUGUUCUGGUGACCGUGCAAAAAGUGGUGGAGCUUUUGGUAAGGAGGAUGCACGAAGCUCAACUGCUGGUUCAAUUACAGUGAGUAAGAUUACAGUUGGUUCUUCAAGGAAUCGUAAAUCAGUCAAUGGAUUCCCGGGGACAGCUCUAUCAGGGGUACAGAGGGAAGCUGUGUCAAGUAGAAGUUCUGUGAACAGAAAUCCUACAGAAAAGGUAUUACAGUCCACUUUGACGUGCGAAAAGGCAUUUGAUGAGCCCCUGGUUGAGAACACUACUCAAAAACUUAUUGUCAAGAUUCCAAAUCGAGUAAACAGCCCUGUGCAAAGUGCCAGCGGGGGAUCAUUUGAGGACCCUUCGUGCAUGAAUGGAAGAGCUACUUCUCCUGUGCUUUUGGAGAAGAAUUGUCAAUUUGAUCGUAAUUUUAAGGACAAGGAUGACGCUAAUCGAGCUAAUGGUCCUUUCGAUGUGAAUAAUGAGUCAUGGCAAAGCAAUGAUUUCAAGGAUGUACUGACCAGUUCUAAUGAGGAAGAUCCGUCACCUGCUGCUGUUCCAGAGGAGGAGUGCUGUAGGGCUGUUGAUGAUUGUAAGAAGUUGACAGAAGUGUCUAGGGAUGGUUCUUCUCCUUCAGGAAAUGAACAAAAAUCUGGGAAGCUGAAUGAUACUUCUUUUAGCUCCAUAAAUGCUUUGGUUGACAGUUGUGUCAACUACUCAGAAGCGAAUGCAUCUGUGCCAGCUGGGGAUGAUGUUGGGAUGAAUCUGCUUGCAAGUGUGGCUGAAGAGAUGUCCAAAUCCGAAGUGAUUUCACCGUCUAAUUCUCCUCAACAAAACAACCUGUCACUGGAUAACUCAUCUACUGGCCAUGUUUCAAAAUUGAAAUCGUCAGCUGGAGAUAACCUUGCACAAGAUGGUAGUCUUAGUCCUGAUGGCCCCUGUGAUCAGGAGAAGCAUUGGCCUAGAUUUGCAGAUGGAAAAACUGCUUCUUUGUUCUCUCAUGGGAAUUCCACCAAAGAAGUCAAUGGACAUUCAAAUUCCUCUGAUAUGGAUUGGCAUCAAACUGUGGAUCCAUGUGCAGAAAAUGACGGAAAAAUGAAGGAAACUGGAGCAACAGCUUCUAUUACUGGGCCUUAUUUAAGCUCUGUGGAGAAGGCCUUGAAGGGAGAAGGAAGUGGAGAACCUAAGGAGGAAAGUGCAGGUCUUGAGGUGAUUAUAGAUCGCGGUAUAGAUACUAAACUUGAGGCAAGCAGUUCUUUGUUAAUGGAAGAGAAGUUAGAUGUGUCAAGUUUGGAUUUUAAGCCAGUAGCUGUUGAAGGAUCAUCAUUGUAUCAAUCUUUAGAAAUUGAUGGUGACAGAAAAAAUGUAGCUGAAGGAUUGAGCAGUAUUAUGCAGACAGAGCAGAAGCCAUAUUCCAUGAUGACGAGCUCCGAGGCUGUAAAAGGAGGGGAUGAGGAAUUGUCUCAUCCUUCUGGUUCUGGUCAAGAUAUGAACGAUGCUGAAAAAUGUAAUGAGGAAAAGACUGAGGAGAUGGAAAUCAAUGCUGGCAGUCAUGUCAAUAGCUGUCAAAAGCAAUCAACUGCGCCGGAUGAACAUGCUGAUUUAAGUUUGGAGCAUUGUACUGGAGCUGAUGGGGGUUCACCUAUUAUUGAUAAUAAGGGUGAGCAUUUAAGUGAGAGUGUAGAAGGAAAUGAUGCGAGUGACCUUCAGGGUGGUCGACCUGCACCUCCCAAGCCAGAAGCAGAACGGGGUGUAGGGUCAAAGGGAUCCAAGUUGAUUGCUGGUGGAAAUAAUGAAGCUGAGGAGUGUAUGUCUGCCUCUGCAGAUGGUUCUUCUCUCUCUGCUACUGGUAGGGUUAAUGUAGAUGCGAAAGUAGAGUUUGAUCUGAAUGAAGGCUUUAAUCCCGAUGAUUCAAAAUACGGGAACACAAAUAACUCACUAUCACCUUCAUGUUCUGCUUCUAUUCCAUUGAUUAGCCCUUUCCCUUUUGCUGUUUCUUCUGUAUCUAGUGGUCUCCCUUCAUUGAUUACUGUGGCUGCUGCUGCAAAAGGGCCCUUUGUUCCACCAGAGGAUUUAUUGAGGAGUAAAGGAGAACUUGGUUGGAAAGGAUCAGCUGCAACAAGUGCAUUUCGGCCAGCUGAACCUAGAAAGGUUUUAGAUAUGCGAUUGGGUUUAACUAGCGUAUCUCUUCCAGAUCCUACUGUUGGGAGGCCCAAUCGCCCUUUACUGGAUUUUGACUUGAAUGUACCAGAUGAAAGAAUCAUCGAGGAUUUAGCAUGUCAGUCUUCUGCUCAAGGUACAGGUUCUGUGCAAGGGCUUACAAAUAGUUGCGAUAUGGCUGGUGAACUCAUUGGUUCUUGCCCUAGUCGUGCCUCUGGAGGACUUGAUCUUGAUUUGAAUAGAGUCGAUGAGGCUGUUGAUAUGGGGAACAGCUUAACAAGCAGUGGUCAUAGAGUGGAAUUUACACUUCCGCCAGUCAAAUCAUCAUCAGCUGAUUUUCUUAAAGGUGAGGGGAAUACCUGCAGGGAUUUCGAUUUAAAUGAUGGGCCUGCUGUUGAUGAGAUGGGUGCUGAACCAUCACCAUUUAGUCAGCGCGCAAGGAAUAGCGUGCCAUCACAGCCACCUGCGCCUGUGCUUCGAAUGAACAAUCAUAUAGGAAACAUUUCAACAUGGUUUACUCCAUCAAAUACUUAUCCUGCAGUAUCAAUUCCACCUAUCUUGCCCGAGAGGGAGCAGUCUUUUCCAAUGAUUGCUCCUGUUGGGCCUCAGAGGAUAGUGGCCCCAACUAAUAGUAGCACACCAUUUAGUCCCGAUGUUUACAGGGGACCGGUAUUGUCAUCUUCUCCAGCGGCUCCCUUCCCUUCUACUCCAUUUCAGUAUCCUGUCUUCCCUUUCGGGACGAGCUAUCCUCUUCCAUCAGCCACAUUUCCUGGUGGUUCAACAGCACAAGUGGAUUCGUCAUCUGGUGGGAGGAUUUGGUUUCCUAUCGUGCAUUCACAAUUAUUAGGGCCUCCUGGCGCAGUCCCAUCUAAUUACCCAAGGCCUUAUGUUGUUACCCUUGCCGAUGGCAGCCACUGUAGUGGCGCUGACAGCAGUAGGAAAUGGGGAGGUCAGGGUCUAGACCUCAAUGCAGGACCUCUGGUCCCAGAUAUAGAAGGGAGAGAGGAUAUGACUUCUAUUGGGCCAAGGCAACUGUCUGUUGCCAGUUCACAGGCUCUAGUAGAGGAGCAUGCACAAUUUUAUCAGGUAGCAGGUGGUAGUGCUUUAAAGAGGAAGGAGCCAGAUGGAGGAUGGGAGGGUUACAGGCAGUCAUCAUGGCGGUAGGAAUUAAAAAUGACAGGAAUCUGGGGGAUCCAUCACAGCUUUUCUUGAGGAUGGGGCUUUGUGCAACACCUAAAUAUCAACAUCCUACUUAUUUGCUUUCAAUGAUGGGUGGUAAGUGAGUUCUUUGAUGUUUUUCAUUUUCUCUGACCCCCAUCUCUUUUUUCUGUAUCGGUUGUAUCCUCCAAGGAAUUUGCCUGGGUCUUCUAGCUUUUUAUUGAAUUGAUCUGGGGGACUACAGAUGACUUUCCCCUUUGUAGAUAUUUUAACUGUUGGAAAGCAUGCCUUUCUGAGUUGCCCAGACAUUUGAAAUUGGUGCCCAUACUGUUCAGUGAAUCGACAAAUAUACCUUUGGAUCAGAAACAAAUCCCAUCAAUAAUGGGGACGGCAAAUUUUGGUGCUUGAUCCAGGUGCUGUGCUUGAUGCUGUGUUUAAAUAGAUUUUAUUUUUAUUUGAUCGUGAAAGUUUGAAUGCCUGUAUAAUUUGGGGAACGAUGUUGGGGACGACGGUUUAUAUUUUUUUUUAACGACGUGGAAGCAUAGCCCUUUGGUUCAUGUCUCCAAGUACCUAUGCAAGGAAAGGGCACUGUUUGAUUACUGGGGGCUCCUUUUAUGGGUUGUGAUCCUUCUUCCUAUAUUGUGAAGUCAGAAUUUUUCAUUUAUUUUACUGGUCAGUCGAGGGGAGUAAUGUGUGAAAUUGCUUCCUCACAUAUCAUGUAUCAACGGAUUUGCAGCUGUUUUCCAAUUAUUCUUCUUUUGAUUGUUGCUCCA